ACUGCAUGGUUUGUUCUUGUCACGUGAUUGGGGUCAGGGGUAGCUCCUUUCGCCAAGGACGAAACAUGGCAGCGACAGCAGGAGGCAAGAAGGUGUUUGAGGUUUUUGUUUCAAAAGUGCCGUGGACGAUUGCGACGAAGGAGAUGAAGGAGUAUUUUGGACAGUUCGGCCAGGUGAAGAAAUGUCUUUUGCCAUUCGAUAAAGAGACAGGUUUUCAUCGGGGGUUUUGUUGGAUAGGGUUCAACUCAGAAGAGGGACUCCAGAAUGCACUUCAAAAAGAUCCACACAUCAUCGAAGGAGCAAAGCUCCAGGUACAAAGAAACAGAAAGGCGUUCAUUGGAAGAAAACCAAACAAGGAAGCAGAAGAGAGCUGAAAAUGCCUGAUUUUGUGUGAUGUGUAAACCAUACAGUGUCAAGUAUUGUGUCGUCCAUAAUAUGGAACUGCUAUUUAUUGUGGAUGUCUCUUCAUUAGGCAUCGAUUUGUAUUGUAUAAAAAUACCUGGAUUAAACCUAAGAAUUUUUGACUAAUA